UACUGGCAAGGAAAGAUGACAACGCAAAGUUUGCAAGCAAGUAAGCGACACAGUGCGUUAGGUACAAAUAAACUGUCGAAAAGUAGCCUAUGACCCACUGUUAUUUCUGUUUGAAUGUAGAUAUGAUUAUAAUAGCCUACAGGCGAAAGCAAUGGGAUUUUUGAGGGAUCAUGUCGAAAACGUGGUAUGGCAUGGCAGCAGUCCUAACACACCCGUCAGCUGCAGCACCUGCGGAUGCGCCAUUUGAAGACACACCUGUGCUCUGUAGGCCUAUCAUCUGGGAAAUCGUUCGUCAAUCACAAUUAGGCUACCUUUAAUCAUUUCUCUAUCAAAUCGUACGUCAAUCACAAUUACCUCCAAUCAUUUCACCAUCAAUUCAGUGAUAUGAAAAGUCUGAAAUGGAUCAACCAGUGUCUGCGACACCUUCAGUGACGGCAAACAUUCCUGGUUUGACCAUAGUAAUUAUUCUUCUCGUACCGUGCCUACUGCUAGUGCUGCUACUCAACUGCCUGCUGCUUGGGCACAAGUUGCUACUUUUAGCAGGAGGCAAGACUCGGGUGCGCACGAGCUCGCAGUGCUCACUGCUCCAAUCCACGCGUCAAAGGGUCUCCCACUUUACAGAUGGACCGUCAUUCUCGUAUCCCAAUGGGAGGACUUAUGGCCCUGUCUCCAGGCCGAUUCUGGCCAUGCCAGUUACGUCGUCGCUUACCUCAUCACAAGAGCGCGUGGCCGGUUGUCUGCGCUCUACGCAACCGGACGGAGCCACUUGCGCUGGCUCUGGAUCUCUGCCUGUGCCAAGCACGCUCUUGGCAGCAACAUCAACCACCGGCUCAGCAGCAAGGGCAGGCCUGCCACGUCGGGCACGUGCUUAUUUUAGCAGACCUGUGGAGUGGCGAAGAUUUCCACUGGAACCCACACAGUCCAGCGACUCCGACGUAGAACGUGCCAACACUGUACCUCCGAACUCUCCUGCUCCAAGGUGCUGUGGGCCCCUGCGACAGAGCAGCACCUUGGAAGUCCACAGUGACGUGGAACUUGGAUUUUUAAACCAGGUACAUAUGGAGUGUGAGUUUGCCAGCAGUAUCCCGCCAGAGAACUCCUAUUUCAUUCCAUCUGUAGGAUCCUCUGCGGGCUCCGCUGUAGGACCUGGACUGGACAGCGACUUUGGCGCAAGCGCAGGCAAGGGGCAUGGCAAGACUUCCACUUGUCAGGGUCUGGGUGUGUCUCUGCGCAUCUUGUCUGCAGACAGUGAGGCUAUGGGUUGUGGACUGUGGGCGUCAGCGUUGGAGUGGGAUUACUACGACCCCAGCUACAUCACACAGAACCAGCUGCGGCCUCCACGUACACACGCCCCCAGCAUGGCUCCCAAACAGUACUGGAUCUGACCCUUUGACCAGUACUGGCCUCGAAUUUCCACUGCAUUAUAAAUAGCAUCAAUAGUGUCACGAGAACACGUGCACCCACACACACUACUGGUGGCUGCAGCAGGAAUCACUUUACUCACUAUGUUAAACAUACUUCUCACAUUAGCCUGUUUUUAUUGUGGUGUUUUGUUUAUUUGUGGUUUUGGAGCACUGUUCUAUUUUUUUGUUCAUCACUGCUUACACAUGUUUUGUCACUUGUCAUCCAUGUCACCUUUUGAGCAAGUUCAGUUUGUUACAAGGUUCACUUUUCACAUUUAUACACCAUGUACUGCUGAAACCUUUUGUAAUACUGUUGAUUACAUGAUUUAUUAAAUAUUUAUGAAGAA